GAGCCAGCGCACCAUCACCAAAUUUUUGUAAAACCAGAGUGAACUAACGGAGUCAUCAAAGGAUGCCAAGAGGUGUUCCUGUAACUUCUAAUUACAGCAACCUGUGCGGCGUUACCCAAAGCUAACGAGGGCGAGUAAGACCUGCCAGUGGUCGCUGAUACCACGCCAGCCAGCCAGCCAGCCGUCACCUAGCCGCUAUCCACUGCCAGCAGCCAGCCCGGCAUAGCCAGUCGCUCCACGUGUGUCAGACGUAGAGGAAGCAAGACCAGUUCGUCUUCUCAGUCUUGAUAGCGUUCGUGAGACAGACUAUGUUUUAUUAGUAAAGUGUCAUUUUAAAAGCCAAGCUAUUCCAUUGAAACUUUCGGAAACUGGAAAUUAGUGUGCACUAAUUUAGCGGCACCAACAGACGGAAUCAAACACUGCACCUUUAUCAAGCGCAACAACAAAGUACACACCAUCACCUCAAACUAAAGAAUCCUGGAGGGUCACAGUUUCCCCAGGCUGGCGCUAUUAAUAUCUCGGUUUCUGAACAAUAUGGACGUUUUCCCAGUUGUUCUCUAGCAGGAGCUGCAGGAGGUCGCCUGGCUUUGUCACAAACCACAAACGGAGAGGAGAAAAAACAACAAAGCGACCCACCACCUAGUUCCCCACACCUCCACGCUGCUAAGCAAGAUGGUGACUGAAGGCAAAAUGAACUGUAACUUGGUAAUGGAAGACCUGCCUGAGGUGCUGCACCAGCGCCUCGGUCAGCUCAACCAACUCCGAAAGAGUCGGCACUUCUGUGAUGUUGUCCUCCAAGUGGGGAGCUCUGAGAUACACGCCCACCGCUCUGUUCUGUCCUGUGCCUCCCCAUACUUCUUCGAGUUGUUUACUUCAGAUGAUGAACGCAAGACUGCACAUGAAGGAAAGCUGAUGUACAAGUUAAGUAGUGGAUUUGAGAGAGACUCUGUGGAGAGGCUUGUAAAUUAUGCCUACACUGGAUGCAUGGAGGUGCCAGACCCCCUUGUCAAGAAUGUCUUCAUUGCUGCCAAAAGGCUUAAGAUGGAGACUGUCUCUCGAGCCUGUGGUGAGCAUCUUGUAGCCCAUCUGGCUCCUGACACCUGCCUGGCAGUGCGAGCUAUCAGUGGAAUUGCUUCUAAUGAGGAACUUGUCACCCGUGUUGAUGAGUAUAUCCAGCAAGUGAGUGAUUUGGUACAAGUGACAAGGGAUGCAUUGGGUAUCCCAAGGAUCCAGGUCUCUGUUAUACAUAGGACACUUGAUGAAGCUGCCAUCACAGGGCGUGCCCUUUGCAUCCUUGUUUUGGAGUGGAUCAAGAAGCAAAUGGUUGAGGAGGAGCUUCAUUUGGAUUUAAUGAAGGAGAAGAAACAUAUGCUGUACCUGAACAUUGAUAAUUCAUUGCACGACUGCUCUGAUAUUCAGUCAGGAGACCUCAAUGACUCUGACAUGGUUCAAGAUUAUAAGAAAAUGUCCAGAAAACUCUCUCAAACCAAUAUAAAGUUGCGAAGGAAGUCAACAACACCACAACCUGUUAAACCCCGCCUGAUGCUGUACUCUCGUAGCAUCUCUGACAAGGAUGACUCUGAGCCCGAUUCGGAUUGGAAACUAAUUGCCUACUCCCAAGUCUCUGAGAGCUCAUGGGUUGCUGUUGUUACUCUAAAGGGUUCAGUUGCUGUAAUGUCAGUACAGCAAAAGAUGGGUAGUUCAUCACCUACUUCUACUCCCAUCUCCUCCCGCCCUGCUUCAGUAGAGAAGGUUGACUACUACACAGUUAUUCCUCACAUGUCAUCUCCAAAAUGUGCCACUGGCACAGGAAAUUUCAACGGUCAUCUUUUGGUUUGUGGAGGCUAUGAUCGCGGUGAGUGUCUACGCACUGUUGAAGAUUACAACCUGGACAUGAACACCUGGACUACACAACCUCCUAUGCGUCAGGGUCGCGGACGUUUUGAUUUGACUGUUUUAAAUGGAAAGGCCUAUGCUGUUGGUGGCUGUGACGGCUCUAAGGAGCUCAGUUCUGUUGAGGUUUUCGAGGAAAACUCCAAGAAAUGGUCAAGUGUGGCUCCUCUACCCCUGGCUCGCUCUAACACUGGUGUGUGCAGCGUGGAUGGGAAGGUCUUCUGCAUAGGUGGAUGGAAUGGUCAGUAUGGCAUUAAGCAGUGUGACAUGUACACCCCAGAGAUUGAUACUUGGCAGACCAUUGCUUCUCUUCAUAUUGGUCGGUACCAGGCUGGGGUGGCUGCACUCAAUGGGAAGGUUUAUGCUAUAGGAGGUUGUGAUUCCUGGAACUGCCUUAACUCUGUAGAGGUUUAUGAUCCAGAAACUGAUAUUUGGAGAUUUGCAGCCCCUAUGACCACUCCAAGGCGAGGGUGUGGAGCCGAAAUAUUCAAAGGCAAACUAUAUGUAAUGGGCGGUUCAGAUGGAACACACAGUCUAUGCACAACAGAGAUCUAUGAUCCUGAGAUGAACAGCUGGAUGCCUGGUCCCUCUAUGACUACUUGUAGAGCCAAUGUUGGUGUAGCUGUUGUGCAUGGAAAUCUGUAUGCUGUUGGAGGAUUUUCAGGUAAGAACUUCCUGAACAGUAUUGAGUACCUAGAUCCUGCAACUGAUGAGUGGACCAAUUUUACCCCAAAGCCAGAGGUUGUCAAGAAUGGCAGUGAUAAUUACACUAAGAAAAAUGGCUACAGAAAUAAAGACAGUAGCCAGAACAUAGAGAGUGAUGAUGCAAAUAGUAGUGACCAAGAAGAUGCUAAUGAAAAGGAAGGUCUAGCUAAUGGUCACUACAUGGCAGAGAAUGGCUGUAAUGGUCUCCCUAAUGGGGGAUAUCCAAUUACUGCUAAUGGACACUAAACUUAAAAUAUUGUUACCCCAUGGUUAUGAGAAUAUGGGGGUCUUCCCUCAGGUUAAAGAACAUACUUUUAAGCUGUUUAUUGGUCUCUUCUGAAAAGAAACCCAUUUCUUUAUACUCUGCUGUCCGCUCACUUGAUGGGCAACACCUAGGUGUUUGUCUUGUAGGUAAACAGCACCAUACUGUGUGGCCUAAUAGUUCUGCUUAAGAAAAUGUCAGCAUUUUUGCAGUUUACUGUUUUUUGAGGCUCUUUCUUCAAGUUGCAUUUUCAGCAAAACCUCCCCCUCUGGAAGUAGGUGCCUUCUUUCCUCUAACUGAGGUCAUACGUAGCCAGCUAUGAUAAGGUACAGUAUGUCACCAAGAGACUGACAACUUCAGAAUGUUAGACCUGAGUUCUGAUAUUUAUUCUCUGCUUCACUUGUUGGUUGAGUCAAGCUAUUUGUCUAUGACUGUGGAAAAUGUACUUUGUUUUACUAAAAUAUUAAUACUAAAGUUUUACUUUAUUUUUAUUUGAUUUUAUGGCUGUGGAGAAAUCGUUGUUAAUUAUAAUGGAGUUAGCUGUCAUGAUCUAAGAUCUUAUCUUGUACCACUCAUUUGUAUUAAUGAGGAUUUUUUAUAGAUAUUUGAAAAGUAAUUUUUACAUUAUGUUUCCAAUAUGGUUCAAGGGAUCAAUUUUACUGUAAGCCAUUUGCUUAUAAUUUUAGCUAGGGCAAAACACUGUACCCAAGGUUUAAAUAUAUGAAAAAGUGCCAAAAUAGAUUCAUGGGUGACUCAUGCAUCUCUGGAUUCAUGGCAACACUAACACUUGAUUUUCAAAGUCUAAAAUAAGCAAUAGCAUCAUGGUUUAAAUUAAUUUAGUCUUAACAAGUUUAGAGGAAUGUACAGAUUGAAUUUAAAUAUGCAAUUGUACAGGGGAUUUGGCUGUAAUAGUUUUAUGAUAAGUCUCUUAAAUGAAUUGACGAUAGCACAAGCAGUGUUGUAAACAUUCUUAGCAUUUUUCUAAGGAAUACAGUAAUUUUGAUGUAUUCUUAUCUCAAAAAAUGAAAAUUUCAAUUAUCAUAUUACAAACAUUACAGAAAAACAGGUGUUCUGAGGGAUGCUGAUGCCUUCAUUAUAUCCAGUUUAAAAUUCAUGGUACAAACAUUGACUUUGUCAACUGAAGUUUAAAAUUCAGAUGUGUCACAUAUGGAACUUUCUGCUUUUCCCCCCCCCACCAACAGCCAGUAAUAUGUCAAAAUACUCUUUAGAAGGGCAAAUUAUUUCCUGUACAAACCUAGCAGGAGGCAUCAUAUCAAGAUAGGCAUGAGGAAUACAGAAAAAGAGGCUGAGCCAUAUCACAUUAUAGUUCCAGAAAACAUUUACUAUAUUUGCUUGUCAGAUCCUUCUCCGUCCAGUUAUUCCUGCUAUACUUUUUACAGGUGUGUCUUAAAUAUCUUCUUGCUAUUUCCAAAGUGUGAGUUGCUCAUUGAUGAAAUUUUAGCACAUACGUACUGUAAGUUUUGGCGAUUUACAGUGUAGGUGAAAUUUUUUUUUAUGGCAUUACAUGUAUUUAAUUAUAUAUAUAUAUAUAUAUAUAUAUAUAUAUAUAUAUAUAUAUAUAUAUAUAUAUAUAUAUAUAUAUAUAUAUAUAUAUAUAUAUAUAUAUAUAUAUAUAUAUAUAUAUAUAUAUACACAGUAUGUAAGACCACAUAUAAACAUAAAUAUUGUGUUACAUAUAAUUCUUCGUUAUAUCAAAGUGUCAUAUAAAGCAUGAUAUAGGUAGAUUUUAUUAACAAUUAACAGUUUUAAAAUUCUUUGUAUUGUUUUUUGUAUAAAUUUUUAUAUAAGUUGACUACUUUAUCGAUAAGCAUGAACUUUUGAAAUCAAAUCUUAUUUUUAUGGCAUUAACAGUAUAUAAGUGUCAAUAGAAUGAACUUUAUAUAUGUUUUAUCAUAAUUAUUUCACUGUUAUAUUUGACGUUGAAUUUCAGUGCAUAAAAUUAAGAAAGCAAUAUGCACUGCAAGUACAGUACUUUGACAGUCAUCUGAGUUUAUAAGGAUAUUAAUGCUAAGAUACAUUUUUUAUGUAGAACAAUGAAGUUUUAGCUUGGUCAGACACAAACAAAUUUACUAUAUAUAGAAGUUUUUAAGUUAAGUUCCAUAUUGUAUCAUCUAGAUGCCUUUAAUUGUAUCUUAUUCAUUAGUGGUUCACAGACAAGGAUAAAGCAGUUAAAAACAGUUAGUCACUGGCUGUGUACCACCUCAUGAAACAGUAAGGCAGAGUACACUUCAUCUUAGAUCAUUGCAUUUAUUAUUUAUUUAUUUUUAUUUUUUAAACAAGAAUGUAUUAAUCAUUAAUUAUAAAUUGUCACUAUUGUAAGUGAUCCUCAUAUCACAUCGCAUAUGUCCAAAAAGCACUUUUUAUUGUAGACAGUACAGUACUCUGUUUUAUCACUCUUUUAUAGUACUGCUACCACCUCUUGUUAUAUGGUCAAGUUUUCACUGUCAUUUAUAGCUGCAUGUCAUCAUGAGCAAAUGUGAAUCAUAUGUUUGAGAAAGGUGACAUAAGACAAUGUACUGCAUACUGGAUUAUAUUGAACCUGGACCUUAAUGCUUUAAUCUACACAUUUGCUCAACAUGUCAUCUUUUACCUGUGUGUAUAAACUGAUAUCUGCAUUCGGAAUGGUUAAAGGGACCUGUUGCUAAAACUAAAUGUUUAUAAACCUCUUGUGUAAAGUAUAUGUCAUCUUUUUUUGUGCUACGGUUUACAAUCUUUGAUGGGGUUACACGAGAUGCAAUUUUCAAGAUAAUGGGUAUCUGGGAUACCUAUCUCUUAUCUACAUAAUAUAACUGAGUCAGUCAACCAACCAUAUCAUACCAGUCGGCAAAAUGGAUGAGUGUACAAGUGUUAUUUGCUGAAGGAUAAUUAUGCAGCAUAUUGGGAAAAUUACUUACUUAGUGGUACAUUCAUUAUUAUUAUUUGUUUAAAAAAAAUAACAUUAAGAAAAGUGCAUACACUAUGUCCAGUAUAUAUAAAUCUCUAAGAAAUCAUUCAUUUAGCAACAUUACCCUCAAACAAUUAUUUACAGCAAUGGUAGUUAGUACAUGUACAGUAAUAGUGGAUACAGAAAUUUUUAUUUAAAAUAGAUAAAACUGACUCUGUUUUGUAAUUAUGAAAAUGGGGAGAAAUUACAUUGGAAUUAUUAAUUUUUUUAAUAUUGUAGGUGAUGAUCAUGCAUCCAUUAAGAGAUUAUUCACUCCUAUACUUCUACUAUUGCUCACACCUUUAAUGAAUAUCAUAUAUAUUAUUUUUAAAGCACCAGACAAGCACGCAUAUGAGCACUGUGGUUGCAAUAUCAUCCUUUUUGUAAUGUGCAGUGAAGCACUGCAUCAGUCAUCUACUGUACUAAGGAAUAUAAAUAUGGAUCACUUCACUUUUCAAUUUGAUAUUUCCUGUCUUUAUGACUAGGACUGACAUAUACCUCACUUUUUAUAUUAAAAAACCUCAUGGCAAAAAGUGUUGAAAUAAAGAUAUUUAAUAUGCCAUGAUUUCUGCAUUCUUAUAAGAUGGUAUUUGUGAGAUUAGCAAUUGCUGUGAUAGAAUGGGUAAAACUUUUUCUCAAAACAAAUGCUGAAAUUGAUACUGGAUAAUAUAUGGUUAUUUAAUACUUUCUCAUUACUCAAUUUGUGCUGGGUAAUUGUUCCAAGCAAGAGUAUGGAAUAUGUAUCAAUUUAUUUUUUCAACCAUAUCACAGGAUGUUGUACCUGUGAUCCAUUGUUUUUAUUCAGUAAAAUGUGAACAAAUGUUUAGUAGUAUGCCUGUGUUGUAGUCAGGCAUAUAAAUGUUGGCAAUUGCAUAAAGACAAGCCACCAUUUAAAAUUUGGGAUAUGCUGGUCACCCAAAACAAUAUAUUUUGUACUACAGUAUAUUAAACCACGUCUUAAGUACUUGGUCAAAUCUGAAGGUUUACUCUUCUUGUAUUGAUUAUAUGAUAUCAACCACAUUGUACAUUAUACUGAAACAAUAUCAUACAUAUAACAAUGGA